AUGGCCACAGUAGGAAUAACGCCUGAAGAUGGGGGAAAACAGAAUACUGAAAAGCCAUUAUUUCAAUACAACAAGUACGCCACAAAGAAAACAUUGGCCAAAGGAUUAUUGGAUAUAAGUUUACUAAUGGCAAAUGCCUCACAAUUAAAGGCCAUGCUGAACGCAGGGUCAAAUGUGGAUUAUUUCUGGGUUGUAGUUGUGUUAAUUUCACUUUCUUUGAUUCUACAACUAACGGUUGGCGGUAUGCUACUAGUGCUUGGGAGUAUGGAGACGAAGUCACCGGAAGUGAAACGGCAUGUAAACGGACUUAACAACGCCGCUGUUGGUCUUAUAUGUGUGAUUACAGUUGUGAAUAUAUUCAUUGCUGCCUUUGGAAUUAAGAUAUCCGAUUGA